UUAUACUACUCCCUUAUCAAUAACCAGCCCUUAUUUAUUUUUUUAUACAUUUAUUUACUUUCUUACAACUUAAUAUCCUCAAAUGUAUAUCCCCAUACCUCAAACUGUCACAUUUAAUAUUAAUUAUAAUUGACUAUUCGCUAAAACUUUCCACGUGUAGUUGAGUGAGUUUGCAAACUUUGAGACAUCUAUUUUAUUAUUUAUUGACUUAAGUAAUUGUUAUCAGCCUUGACAUUGUCAACAAUAAUAACAAGCAAAAAAUAUUUAUUAAAAAAAAAAAAAGUAAUAAAUUGUCAUGACAAAUAAUAAUAAAAAAUCUAAAUGAUAAAAUCAGUAAAAUGUCAUUUUAUUUAGUGAAGUGAAUUAGAGCCAAUUGUUAAAAUGAUAAAUGAAAUUACAAAUUUUAAUUAGGAACCUUGAAUUAAAAGCACAAAUUAUUAGUGUGUGUUUGUAAACAUAAAUAGAUAUUACGCUGUAAAUAAAAAUAAACAAUAGUCAAAAUGAAUUUGAUGUUUCGUAAGAACUUCAGUGGGGAAAAAGCUUCGGUUGGUGAAACACGAUCAGGUAUUACGGGUGUAUAUGGCCCGUGUUUGCCGGUAGCUAGUGCACCAAGUGGAGGUUUAACGGGACCUGGUGGUGCUCGGAUUGGUAUUCGCCCAAGUAUUGUUAAUGCGAGUGGUCGUGGUCCUAUAAGACGUAGUCGUGAAUUUGGUUAUUCACCGAUGGAUGACCAUCCGACCCAUGCAUAUCGCACUCAUUUAUUUCUUUCACCGCCUUCAGGUGCCGUCGAAGAACCGACUGAUCGAAUUGGUCCUGGUCCCAGACGAAACUCAUCUUCCCAUGUUAUUAAAUGGGGAGGCGGUGGAAAUAUUAAUAGUAAUAAUAACAAUAAUAAUAAUAAUAACAACAUCAAUAAUAAUGUCGUGGGAACCAAGAGGAAGCAAAGCAAUCAGACCAAGGACAUUUCGGAACCACCGACUCCUACUGCUUCCAGACAGGUGUCAUUUAGCGGUAAUAGAACUGGAGGAAUAUACACACCGCUGGUAGUUUCUGGUAAUAGUCCACCGAGAGGUGAACCAAUAUCACUUGCAACGCUGGAUCGUGACUGUUUUAUCAUUCCAUUAGCGUCUUUGGAACGUUUCCUUCCAGCUGGAGUCCCGCAUGCACCGAUAGCAGAUAAAAAAAAACCAGGAAGUCCGUUAUCAGUUUUGGAAGUCGAAGACCCUAAACAAUGUGUGCUGGCGCACUUUAUGACGCCUCUUGAGCCACUAGAUCCUAUCGUUGAAUCACCAGUUGCGAUGCCGUUAGUACUGCAGAGAGAUACCGCGGCUGAAUUAAUUGCGGAAAUUGCACCCUCAGCGUCGCAGAGCAUUUUGUUGACUAACAUGGAAAGGAAUGCGGAUUUUCCUUUUAUAACGUACUAUUUAAUAAAUAAACAUAAUACGGAUCCCGCUGAUUUUUAUCAAGAAGUUCAAUGCGCAGCAUUAAGAAAAUUCGAUCCGCGAGACCUACGCUAUGCUGCGAGUCAUACACUCGAUUUGUUCAAUGAAGUCGCAACGAUAGCGCGACCGCCUUUAGAACCACCUGGUGGAAGACCACCGAUCCCGUCCACCGGAUACAUCGUAUCUAUUUUUAAAGUCUUCGAGGGUGAUGAUGGCCUAAAAUUUGAACAAAAUUGGCUCUACUGGACCGGAGCCCGAAUGAUUUAUCGUUAUUUACCUAAAUCCGUAGGACUAAAACGCAUAACACUUCACAAGUCAAUGUCACAAGGAGACAAAAUGUAUUUACUGAUAUGCGAAUGUUCACAAUUACAGGAUAAUUUAUCAGCGGCGGCAAUUUUGUUACCAGCAUUAAGAGCGCGUUUGUGUGGUUACACAGGACUCUAUCGACCGUCAGUAUGUUUCUGACUUGGCAGUAAAAAAUAGUUUAUUUAAGUAGUACGUAACAAGGAACCAGAAUCAGUAAAAGUAAAAAUAAUUUUUAUCGACUGCUGAUAAUUACUGAGUCGGUAAGAAAUAUUUUUAAUAACUGUACAGUUGAAAUUUUCUAUCUUUCAUUCCAAUUUUAAUUAUCAGCUUUAAAUAAUUUUUCAUCAGUCACUUCUAAAUUCUACAUUUAUUUGUUAUCGACUGUUGGUUUCAAUUCAGUCAGUAAAUAAUAAUUUUUAUGAAUCAUGCCGUCAAACUCUGCAGGCAAAAAGUAUCGAUGAACUGUACUACCAAAUGAUAUCAAUAAAUUAAUAUAUAUAUAUAUAUAUAUAUAUAUAUAUAUAUAUAUAUAUAUAUAUAUAUAUAUAUAUAUAUAUAUAUAUAUAUUAAUAUAAAUUAAUUUUAUCGACUGCGCUAUUAAAUUCUACCGGUAAAAAUUAUUUUUAUCGGCUGCGCUACUGAAUUCCGCCGGUAAAAAUUUAUUUUAUCGACUGCGCUAGUAAAUUCUACCGGUAAAAAUUUUUUAAAUCGCCCGCGCUAUCAAAUUAAUCACUUGAAAAAAUUAAAUUUUCUACAAAAAUAAAUUUUAUUUUAAUUUUUUACCGACUGAAAUAUAACUAACGGUCGAUAAAAAUAUUUUCUAUAAAGAAUGAAAAGUUAUCAGAAUUUUUUCCCGAUAACGAUUUAAAUUAAAAAAAUUUCCGCUCUAUAUUUGUACGACUAAAUAAAAAUAUAAAUUUUCAGCAACUUUUGAAUCGUGCAUUAAGAUUUUGUCUACGCAAACUAAAAAGUAAUAAUAAUAAUAAUAAUAAUAAUAAUAAUAAUAAUAAAUUAACGUAUACGACAUAUCAUAUUCAAAUAAGCUGUGAUAUAUUUUAUCACAAUCACGACCAUCGCUACUAGAUAAUAAAAUAAAUAAUAAAUAAAUAAAAUUGUAAUAAUAA